UUUUGGUGGCCGGGCGCGGAGGUGAUUCCACACUGAGGAGAGCGCGGCGGCCGGGGUGGCGGUGGCAGCGUUCGUGUGCUCGGGUGUGAGUCGCCGAGGGAGGAGGCGGUGGUGGAAGAGGUGGCGGCGGUGGCGGUGGUCGUAGCGGUGGCGGAGGAGGCGGGUACGAAUCAGCUGCGGGCGGAGACAUGGCCAACAUCGCGGUGCAGCGAAUCAAGCGGGAGUUCAAGGAGGUGCUGAAGAGCGAGGAGACGAGCAAAAAUCAAAUUAAAGUAGAUCUUGUAGAUGAGAAUUUUACAGAAUUAAGAGGAGAAAUAGCAGGACCUCCAGACACACCAUAUGAAGGAGGAAGAUAUCAGCUAGAAAUAAAAAUACCAGAAACAUAUCCAUUUAAUCCCCCUAAGGUCCGGUUUAUCACUAAAAUAUGGCAUCCUAAUAUUAGUUCCGUCACAGGGGCUAUUUGUUUGGAUAUCCUGAAAGAUCAAUGGGCAGCAGCAAUGACUCUCCGCACGGUAUUAUUGUCAUUGCAAGCCCUGUUGGCAGCUGCAGAACCAGAUGAUCCACAAGAUGCAGUAGUAGCAAAUCAGUACAAACAAAAUCCUGAAAUGUUCAAACAGACAGCUCGACUUUGGGCACAUGUGUAUGCUGGAGCACCAGUUUCUAGUCCAGAAUACACCAAAAAAAUAGAAAACUUAUGUGCUAUGGGCUUUGAUAGGAAUGCAGUAAUAGUGGCCUUGUCUUCAAAAUCAUGGGAUGUAGAGACUGCAACAGAAUUGCUUCUGAGUAACUGAGGCAUAGAGAAAGAGCUGCUGAUAUAGUCAAGCUUGCCCUUUCUUGAGGAGCAUCAACAUCUGUUAUUUUUAGGAUUCUGCAUAGAUUUCUUUUAAACUGGCAUUCUUGCCUAAUGAUGUUAUCUAGGCACCAUUGGAGACUGAAAAAAAAAUCCCUGCUCUGUAAAUAAAGCUAAUUAAACGUCUGUGUAAAUUUAAAAAGGGGAAAUACUUUAAUUUUUUUCUUAAUAGUGUAAAAAUUCUUUGAGCUAAGCUGAAACCAUGGAAAAAACAUGCUACUUUAGUGUUUAGCAGUGUACCAAGACUAGCAAGAGUUUGCUUCAGGAUUUCGUUGAAUAAUUAAGAUAAUAUUUUGAGUGUGUCAGGGCCAUUCAAAUUGUUGGUGUUGCAUCACAGCUACCUUAACUGUUUUUAACAUGGAUCCUCUGUGCCUGUGAAUUUACUUGCAUGCUUGUACUUGACUUCUUAGGAUGGGUAGCUGAAAAGACCACCAUUUUAAGCAUUUGAGAAUUCUUAAAUAUGAGAUUUAUCCAGAAUUGAAGAUGGUGACCUAUUCAGAGCCUUUUUGUCCUUGUCCACAGACUGGGACACCAUAUCUAUUUUUCCCCCUCUUACCACACACAGCUAAUAUUCUGAUGGUAAAUUUGUAUUCUGUAUUUGUUGAGGAAAUAAUGCCGAGGGGCAUUACCCCUUGCUCCAUUUUUAGGUCGUCCAUUUGGAAUGUUUUGUUACAAUUCUCCACUCCUAAAACUUUCCUGUGUGAGUAAUAAUGUAAAAAUGGAGCUGCCAAUUUUGUUCCUCUUGCAGAAACAGCAAAUAUUUGAUGUUGCAGUAUUCCCAAGAUUUAAUGAAAGAACCCAACUUAGUUUUUCAGUGAAUUUGACAUCUUUCUAUUUUUAAACUGAUGAAAUUUUCUUUGAGCUCUUCCAAGGAUGCAAUCAACUAUUUGCAGUUUUUUAGCCUAAUUUUGGCUUUAUAGAGAUUGCUUUAUCAGGUACUUUAAAAGUCACUCUUGCUUGCAUUUACCCCUAUUGACACAUGAAAGCUGUGUGGUGUUUUACUGUACAUACUUCACAUACACAUAGGAAUAGAAGUGUGUUAUAAAUCUAGCUUUCUUUAUGAUGUUUCUGAUAAUAUGAGAAUUGAAAACUUUACCUUUUCUUGUACAUAGUCAGACUUUCUAUUCGUAUUAAAGUUACAUUUCAUUCUAAGUUCAAAAGUUUGAAAAUUAUUAGUUUUGCAAGCUCAAACACUAAUGUGACCAUUUUAUGAAGACUGAAAUGGACUUAUGCAGUCAGUUCUAUACAUAGAAACACAGUUCUUAUUAAAUUUUCAGGACCAAUGCAAAAUAACAAAAAUGUAAUGGAAUGAGAAUGAAUUAAAGUAAGGCUGUAUAUUGAAAGUCAUAUUAUAAAAGGUUUGCUUUCUUCAAGUGUUAUUUAUCCUAAAUUACAAUCGUUAAGUGUUUGCAAAAUAAUUUUGAACCAUAAAUUCAGCAUAAUUUCAUUUGACUUCUCAAUAAUCUUAGAAGCAAUAAAAGAACCAUUAUUAAAUAUA